CUUUUGAAUAUGAUUCCUUCUUUAGAAAUAAGGGCCAGUAGUUCCUUGCAUCCAGCUCAAAAGAUGGAGACAGCAUACCCCAAAUCUGUUAACAGAGUACCUGAUGAGAAGUAUGGCAAGAUACAGAGUUUUGAAGGACUAGAGCAUUGUAAGGAUAUCAUCAAGAUUUUGCAGAAUAGAAAUCCCAUUUAUAGAAGGAGGAAUACAGACUUUUCAUCGGGUCUACUUUCACCUCAGUCGAAAGGAAAACAAGAGCAGGAUACGUUAUUACCGUUGUUAAGGAAGAUUGAGUUUUUCAGACAGCAGAGUUUAGAAGAAGACGAUCUGAUUUACAUUAGCAAGAAACUAAAAUACGAAUUUGUGCCUGAAGGCUAUGAUGUUAUUACUUUUGGAGAUAAGGGUGAUAAGUUUUAUAUCACAUUGCAUGGCACUCUCGGAGUCUAUUACCCCGUCAAAUAGAAUGUCUAAAGGUAAUUUGACUUCUACAGGAGCCCAUUUUGAGAAGAAAUUAAAACGUGAAGACUCUCAAAUUUUCGAACCUCCAACAAAUAGAGCGUUGAGUAGAAGAAGACAAGGAAAAUUACUCACUAAUUUUCGAAGUGGAAUGGGAAGAGAUUCAUUAGAGGUCCAAGUAAAGAAGCUAAAAGAUGUGUACCAAGAAGUAGCUGUCCUUCCUCCUCAAUCGUCAUUUGGAGAGCUUGCACUUAUCUCUGACCAAAAAUAGGUCAUCAACCAUCCGUGCAAAGACAGACUCACAUUUUGCUGUACUAGACAAAGAUGAUUUCAAAAGAAUUCUUGGAAGCAAAUACCAGAAGAAACUAGACGAGAAGAUAAAGUUCUUGAACUUACUACCAAUCUUCAGGUCAUGGAAUAAAGAGUCUCUCACCAAAGUGUCCUAUUUCUUUAACGAAAAAGAAUUUAAAAGGAACCAUACAGUUUUCAAACAGGGAGAUAAAUGUGAAGAAAUAUACAUUGUCACUGAAGGUGAAUUCAUAGCUACAAGAUCUGUGGAAUUACAGACUCAUAAAGAGAAAGAACUCAAGUUAAUCCAGGACUGAAUUGGUCAAGACUGAAGUGAAAACUUUUCCAUAUUCCAUGAACGCUUUAAAGAUAUUCAGAUAAAUAAAGCAAAGAAUGGAGAAUUUAAUGAAUUAGACCCAAAUUCAAAAAGUAAAGUUGACCCCAAUUUGAAGAAAUAUGUGGACAAGUUUGAUGCUAAUAUGACAUGAAAAGCUAAGCGAAAUAUUACAAUCAACUUGUCCAACCACUGAGUUGGCAAUAUGUUUGGAGAGAAUAGAGAACAUUUAAAAUUAUUCAAGCUUUUAUCAAAGAAUAAUAAAAGUGAAGAACAAGAAACUUCAAGAUUGAGGAGGAAAUAAAACAAGGAGAUCAUUUGAAGAUAAAAUUAAGUUCUCUACCACUUACGACUGAUCUGUCAAAUGUGCUACAAACAUAGGAAAAUUGCUAGUUAUAAAAGCCAUUGACCUAAUCUCUAAUAUCUGUAUAUAUUCUGGAAAUCACGAGGCCAAUAUAGAGAAUUCUCUUGAUUCUAAAUAAGAGUCUCGUUGAAGGAAUAAAAGUAAAAGAAGACCAUUGCAAAUAAAAUCAUAUCAACUCUUAUAAAUGAAGAAAUACGAGUGAGAAAGGAUUAUAAAUUAAGAAAUAUUAACCUAUCAUUCAUUAAAUUAUUUCUGGAUGCCCAAUAUGAACAAAAAUUAAGCAUCACUCCUUCAAAAAGAUAUCUCAACCAAAUUCUGGAUGUCCUUGAGAAGCGAGACACCGAAGAGCAGACAGACAACAGUUGAAGAGAAAUUCCUCUCAGAAAUUCAAGGUUGCAGAAAAAACGCAAAACUCUAAAUUAUUUUUCUGUUCGAGAGACUUAUAACAAAGAAAAUCGACUAAACAAUACAGAAGAUAUUCGUAAUAUCAAUGACUUGAAAAGAGUCUCAAGGAAUCAUAGCAAGGACAACAUCAUUUCAACUGAAUCUGUUGAUACCAAAUUAAAAGAUGAUAUGGAGAGAAAGUCUCAUAGAAAGAUAUGCUUCAGGAAAAGAUCGCUUCACCAUCCAAGAAAAGUUCCGAGUGAAAGUACUUCAAAAGAAAAUUCUCCAAAGAAAUUCUGAAAAAUUUAUGUAGAGGAGACAUCCGAAAUGGAUGCUGAAAAGAAAGUUUCUAUAUCUAAGACACAGGAGAAUUUGUUUAGUAACCCAAAUGAGACUAAAUUCCCAAAACUCACAAUGAACUUGGAAGAAAAAGAAAUAAACUUGGUCCACCAAGCAAGUCCUGAGAUAAAGAGGAUUAACGAAUUGCUAAACAUUGAUAUCCAAGGAAGCAACCUUAGUCAGAUUAACAAGUAUCUGAGGAAACAAACAAAGUGAUUCCCAAGGAGCCAGUCUGGAAAUUAUGACAUAAAGUUAUUUAAUCAUGCUGAUUCAAUGAAGCGUAUUGAUAAAUUUAAAAGCGAUGCUCAUUCAAGAAGAAUUUAUCGUAAAUCAGUUGAAAUUAAGAAGAAUAAAAUUGAUCUCUCAAUUCUAAGGACAAGCCAAAUUCUGCAAGAUUAUGCCAGGAUUGAUGUUAACCAAAGUGCAUCUAGCGCUGCUUGGACUAAUUGAACACCAAAGGGACUGAAUUUUGGAAAGGAGAAUACUAACCUUACUGAUAUUACUACAAAAGUUUCCCCAGUAUCGUACCAUGAUCAAACACUCACUAUGACUAAGAACUUCAGUUCCCGGUCAAAAAGCUUUUUCAAAUAAAGAGAGAAUCCGGAAUUUGAAGAGAAUAAAGAGAAGAAAACCUCAAACUAGAAGGCUGAAAAACCAAAAGAGCAUUGAUAAAAGUGUUGAUUCUUAUAUUCCUCCUCCUGUUUUUAGCCCAGACAUCCUCUCACAAAAUACCUUCAAUAAAGAUCUAAAAUUUAGUAAGAAAAUAUUUAGCAAGAAAGGAAAAUACUGAAAACCUACAGAUUGGGAUAUAGGACUACCUCUGCUAUCAUCUCCCCCUCCUUCAUCGAAGCCAACUCCAAGUGUAAUCUCGUCAUCAGGACAUCCUUCUGUUCUGACUCACCUCCGUAUGAAGAAGAAUGGAAAUAUCUUGGCUCUCAAUUCAAAGAACCUUGAGAGAGACAUUUUAAAGUUAGUGUAUUCAAACAGGCCAUCAAAACUUAACAAUAAGAUCAUUUGUAAGAAGAGCUUAUAGGCUAUAUUUUCAAUAGUCUCUACCAAAAUGAAGAUCAAUAUUAACACUCAAUAU